CUCCAGCGUCCGGCCAGUCCUCCCAGUCCUCCCAGUGCUGCAGAACCUCCAUACAGAGCUCAUAGACCAGCAGCCCGGGCACGCGCUCGCUUUUACACAAGUUUUCGUGCAGCGCGUGCUGAGCAACACCUGCACGGAUACUCCUUUAAUUCGGUAAAUGAGGUCCCGCCGCGCGUGGGACCGGGACACGCACUCCGCAAACUUCUGCCGAGCGCUUUUAUUCUCCCCGGAGUUCGGGCUCCGCGCGCGGAUCGGUACCGGAGCUGGGCGGACAGGAGAAAACAUGGGCUCGAGGAUAGGUGUCCGGAAAGUCUCAGGACUGCUCUUCUGGCUUUUAGUGAGCUCCUAUAUAGUUCAGGUGGCGGAGAGCUCGAAGGUGUGGGGGGAGGUUGCUCUGCCGGAGGAUCUGGAAGCUUCUAAAGGUCAGAGGGUGAAGCGCAGGGUCGGGGAGGACGUGGACCCCGGCGCUCAGAGGAGGUGGCGGUACCUCGACGACGAUGAGGACUUUGCUGCUGAUGAAGCUUCAGGAGAUUUUAUCAGUGGGGAAGAGGAUGGAAGCACCCCUGAGCCGCCUGUGACUAACUCCACUUUAAUGCCAACAAUUUACUUCAGAGCUCUGGUGAACUUCACAGACUCCUUCGUGUACGGGCCUGAGCUGGACGACAUCUACUCCACUGCUUUCCAGGAAAUCUCUGAUGCUGUCGUUGACACGCUUGAGUCUGACUACAGCAAGAUACCAGGAGCCCAGACCGUCAAUGUCGUCCUCAUCAAGAAAAUUGGUAGAGAUGUGUUCGUGGAGCUGGACGUGGGCUCAGACGAUAACCCCAACGAGAAGCAGAUCAGAGAUGUGCUUUACUCUGUGGUCAGCGAGGGAAUCGCCUCCUACGUGACGUCGGUCCAGGGCUUCGAUUUCAGACGUCUCGGAGAACCUGAUGUCCAUGUGGAGCGUCUGUCCUCUCCAGUGAGACCUCCUCCUCCGCCCUGUCUGGAGAAUAUGUUCAGCUGUUCUAAUGGUGAGUGUAUCCAGCUGGAUCAGCUGUGUGAUCAGAUUGAGCACUGUGAGGACGGGAGCGAUGAGGAAAACUGUGCUACUGAUGCUCCAACUACAACCACCACUCGCUCCACAACCACGGUGGAACGGAGGCCCCUGCCGGGACCGGGCCCCUGCCGCGGGGACCAGGCCAUGUGCCAGAACGGACAGUGCAUAUCCCGGGAUUACCUGUGUGACGGAGAGAGAGACUGCACUGACGGCAGUGAUGAGAUGAAGUGUGGAACCCCGUCUCCCUGUGAACCCAACGAAUUUAAGUGCAAGAACGGCCGCUGUGCUCUGAAACUGUGGCGCUGCGAUGGAGACAACGACUGCAAAGACAACUCAGAUGAGAUGGACUGCCCUGUAAGAAGACCAGGAGAUGCCUGUGCACCGGAGCAGUUUGUGUGUUUGUCCGACCGCGCCUGCAUUCCUGCCAGUUAUCAGUGUGACGAGGAGCCCGACUGCGCUGACCGCUCCGACGAGUACGGCUGUGCCCCUCCCACUGUGACCAGCCCCCCAGAAGACUCGGUCACAGCGAUGCGCGGGGGCACGGUGACCUUCACCUGUAAAGCUGUGGGCGUGCCGACGCCCAUCAUUACCUGGAGGCUUAACUGGGGGCACAUUCCAGUCAGCAGCAGGAUCACGAUGACGAGUGAGAACGGACAGGGGACUCUGACCAUCCGCGACGUGAAGGAAGGAGAUCAGGGGGCGUACACCUGCGAGGCCAUCAACGCUAAAGGCCUGGUGUUCGCCAUUCCAGACGGAGUGCUGACCCUCAACCGUGUACCAAGUAACUGUCCUGAGGGCCACUUUAACAUCGGGGGGCGCUGUAUGCCCUGCUUCUGCUUCGGCAUCACCAAGAACUGCCAGAGCACCGGCCGCUACCGCAACCAGAUCUCCCUGCGCUUCGACGAGGAGGAGAACUUUAAAGGAGUGAACGUCUCUUACCCCAUUCGUCCGGGCGCUCCCCCUCCUCUCACCUCCACUCAGAUAUUAAUAAACCCAGAGGAGGAGGAGUUUCAGCUGGUGGACCUCUCCCGACGCUUCCUGGACCUGGACUCUCACUGGACUCUACCCAGGCAGUUUCUGGGCAACAAGGUGGACUCGUAUGGUGGAUUUUUAAGGUAUAAGGUGAGCUACUCGCUGCAGAGGGAAGGCUCUGAGCCGGAUAAUAAAGCCGAUAUUCUGCUGAUGGGAAACGGUCAGAGACUGGUGUACCGCCGCGGCUCUCCAACAUCACCUGAUAUCAAAAAUCAGAGAGAAAUCAAAUUCACUGAGGAGAACUGGCAGCACACGUCUGGGCGUUCAGUGACGCGUGAGGAACUCCUGAUGACCCUGGCCAACGUGGAGAGCAUCAGAAUCCGCACGGUCUACGAUAACCGCAUGGUCAGCGUCGGGCUGAGCGACGUCGUGAUGGACACCACCAGCGUGGAGUUCAGCCUGCAGGGUCAGCCUAAAGACGUGGAGGAGUGCAGGUGUCCACCUGGUUACUCCGGCCUGUCCUGUGAGUCGUGCUCCUCUGGGUUUGACCGGGUGCCGGGCGGGCGAUACCUGGGCACGUGUGCCGGCUGUAACUGCCACGGCCACGCCAGCGCCUGCGACCCCGUCAGCGGACACUGCCUGAGUUGUCAGCACAAUACAGAAGGACCCCAGUGUGACAAGUGCCGGCCUGGAUACUUCGGUGAUCCCAGCCGGGGCCGACAUGAUGACUGUAAACCCUGUCCCUGUCCCUACACAGAGACAAGCCGCAGAUUCUCAGACACCUGCUUCUUAGAUGUGGAUGGCCAGGCCACAUGUGACGCCUGCAGACCCGGAUACACCGGCCGACGCUGUGAGAAAUGUGCAGCUGGAUACGUGGGAAACCCUCUGCAGCCGAACGGACAGUGCGUUCCUAACGAAAACCCAGGAAAGUGCAGCAACCGAGGAAGCAUCAAUUCCAACAGCAGACCCUGCAGCUGCAAGGCGAACGUGGCUGGACCGCUGUGUGAUGAGUGUAAGCCAGGCUCCUUCCACCUCUCCGCUGAUAAUCCGGACGGCUGCCUGCAGUGUUUCUGCAUGGGGGUCACCAAGCAGUGUGCCAGCUCCACCUGGACCAGAGAUCAGGUGCGAGGCGGCGUUAACGGACAGCUCUUCUCUCUCGCUAAUGGAGCUAACACACGCACUAUCACUGAGGGCAUCUCUCAGAAAGGAUCUGCAGAAAUCUCCUACCGCUCCUUCAACAGCGUACCCAGCGACAUCUACUACUGGGUGAUGCCCGAGAGCUUCAGAGGAGACAAGGUGACGGCGUAUGGAGGAGAGCUGAGGUAUAAAGUGAGAUUUGAGCACCAGUCUUUCUCUCUGGUGAUCGACGGUCAGCCGGACGUGGUUCUGCAGGGUAACGGCAUCUUCCUGGAGCACUCGUCACAGACCAAGCCCCUCCCCCGAGUGCCCACCGUCGUCACCGUGCCCUUCAGAGAGUCUGCAUGGAGGAGGGCUGAUGGACAGCCGUGCACCAGAGAGCACCUGCUGAUGGCUCUGGCUGACGUUGCAGUCUUGAUGAUCAGAGCCACUUAUGCAGACAAAAUGUCGGAGAGCAGCAUCUCUGAUAUCCACAUGGACAUUGCAGUGCCGCACUCUACAGGCAAUGAGAGAGCCAUGGAGGUGGAAGAGUGUGCCUGCCCUCAGGGCUACAGAGGACCAUCCUGCCAGGAGUGUGAGGUCGGAUAUACGCGCACCGGAUCCGGCCUUUACCUCGGCACUUGUGAAAAGUGCGACUGCCACGGACACGCCAGCGAGUGUGACUCAGAGACGGGAGCGUGCCUGCAAUGCCUGCAUAACACCGCUGGACCGCGGUGCGAUAGCUGCCUCCCUGGUUUCUAUGGCAACCCAGUGACCGGUGGCAUCCACGCCUGCAGACCGUGCCCUUGCCUUGGAUCGGCCCCUGGCAACAAUGGAGCCAAAUCUUGCUACCUGGACUCGGAUGGACAGCCCACCUGUAAUAACUGUCCCCCAGGUUAUGCUGGAAGACGCUGUGAGAGAUGUGCCCCUGAAUACUCUGGAAACCCUGAGCUUGGACAGAGCUGCACUUACGAAGGAAACAUCGUGAAUGGAAACUGUGAAAGGUGUGACGCGAGAGGAAGCGAGGGCUGCAGCGCCAACGGGGUCUGCCGCUGCAAGAUGAACGUAGAGGGUCCAACAUGCUCCAACUGCAAGCCUAGAACCUUCCACCUCAGCCCUGCCAACAAAGACGGCUGUCUGAUUUGCUUCUGCAUGGGAAUCACCCAGCAGUGCACCAGUUCCUCCUACUACAGAGAUGUGGUCACCUCAGUCUUCGCUCCAGGAAACACUCAAGGCUACGCUCUUGUAAACCGGCAGCGUACGAAUCGUAUCACCAGCGGUUUCUCAGUAGAAGUCUCCGCAGACGGAACCACCCAGACGUCCUUCACCAACUUUGACCGCCUGGGCCAGGAACCGCACUACUGGCAGCUCCCGAACAGCUACCAGGGAGAUAAGAAGCAUCCUCGCUUAACUCGAUUGAAACGAGCGCACAAGCCAUCUACUGACGAAGUGCGCAAAAUUGACGAUGAAAUCUGGGACAUCAUCACCAACUUCACUUCCCAGAGGAAGGGAGCGCCUUUCUCCUCCUCCUCUUCGUCAUCAUCAUCAUCUUUCUCCUCCUCUCCAUCCAGAACCUCUUCUUCCUCCUCCCAUCCCUUUAGAGCCUCCGGUUCUGCCGGUCGUUCAGGUGGCCGUGUCCCCAGCCCCCCCUCCCCACCCUCUGCUAUAACCUCCUCAGUGAGGGCCAGUGGUUCCCACCAUGCUGCUCCAGCCCACCCCCCUCACCUUACUGUAGUGCAGGAUAAGCCGGAGAAGAACACUGUGGAACAUCCUGGUUCUUCUUCUUCUUCUUCUUCUUCUUCUUCUUCUUCUUCUUCAGGCUCCUGUGAAAAGUACGCUCUGGUCUACAAAGACUUCAGCUUACACCCUGAUGAUGUGCUCUUCUGGCAGCUUCCACCAAAGUUCAGAGGGGACAAGGUGGGUUCCUAUGGAGGAAAGCUGAAGUACACCAUCUCCUACGUGCCGGGAUCUAGAGGAGCUCCUAUAGACGAUACUGACGUUCAGAUCAUUGGUAACGACAUCACGCUAGUGGCUCGUCAGGACUGGCGAAGGGGACAGGGGACGAGAGAGUCCCGCAGCUUCGAGAUCGUCUUCAGAGAGGAUUACUGGAAGCGUCCUGACGGCAUGCCGACCACCCGGGAGCACCUGCUGAUGGUUCUGGCCGACCUGGACGACAUCCUGAUCCGAGCGUCCUAUCACACCGAGAUGCGCUCCUCCAGUAUCUCAGGGGUCAGCAUGGAGAUCGCUGUGCCCAACUACACAGGCCUGGCCCAGGCUCUGGAGGUGGAGCAGUGCCGCUGUCCUCCUGGAUACCAAGGACUGUCCUGCCAGGACUGUGCUCCAGGCUAUACUCGUACAGGUGGAGGUCUGUACCUCGGUCACUGUGAGCUGUGCGAAUGUAACGGCCACUCCGACUCCUGCCACCCAGAGACCGGCAUCUGCACAAACUGUCUGCAUAACACCAUGGGCGAGCUCUGUGAGCAGUGUGCCACCGGGUACUUCGGGGACGCCUCGGCUGGAACCCCAGAAGACUGUCAGCCCUGCGCCUGUCCACACACCGACCCCGGGAACCAAUUCUCCCCCACUUGUGAAAGUCUGGGCAGUGGUGAUUAUCAGUGCACCGCCUGCCAGCCGGGUUACACUGGGCAGUACUGUGAGCGCUGUGCACCUGGAUACACUGGAAAUCCACAAGAGAGAAUCAAGUGCCGCCCAACUAAUGUUCCAGCUGCUUCCUGUCAGGAGGUGAGGGUGUAUCCUGAGAGGGUACAGGUUCCUCAGAGUGGCACAGCUACCCUCAGGUGCCAGGCGUCUGGAGCUCCACCACACUAUUUCCACUGGUCUCGAGAAGACGGACGUCCAAUCUCCAGCUCUGCCGAGAGACGCAGACAAGGAGAGGAGCUGCAUUUCUCCAGUGUUCAGCCCGCUGAUGCAGGCGUGUACAUCUGCACCUGCCGAGACUCCCUCGACACCACCCGCGGCCGCGCUGAGAUCAUCGUAAGAUCCUCACCAACCAAACCCAUCGAGGUCUUCAUUGAGGAGCCCAAGGUCCAGAGUGUGGCAGCAGGAGUCACUGUGAACUUCAUCUGCACUGCAAAGAGCAAAUCUCCAGCGUACACCAUCGUCUGGACCCGGCAGGGUAACGGAAAGCUGCCCAACCGAGCCAUGGACUUCAACGGCAUCCUCACCAUCCAGAACGUCCAGCCGGAGGACUACGGCGUGUACGUCUGCACCGGAUCCAACAUGUUCGGCAUGGACGAAAGCUCUGCCGUCCUCCACGUCCAAGAAGCUAAUGCUGAGAUGUUUUACACAGCCUAUGAAAUGUUUGAAGGACAUAGACAGCCUGGUGAGGGUUCCCAGCCAGUGGCCACCAUCCAGCCACCAGUUCUCACCAUCCAGCAAGGUCAGCGUGCAGAGUUCCGCUGCAUCGCCAGUGGAAACCCCGCCCCCGCCGUCGAGUGGACAGGUGGUCCGGGUAAACGCAUCAGCAGUAAUGCUGUUAUCCGCGGUGGCGUUCUCACCUUCACCUCUGUGGAUCGCUCAGACGAGGGGGACUACAUCUGCCGAGCCCUCAACACCCACGGAGAGCACACAGCCCGCGCCGUCCUCUACGUCCACAGUGCCAGUCUUCCCCACGUUCAGGUGAGCCCACAGCAGGUGGAGCUUCACGAGGGAGAGACGCUGAGGCUGUACUGCAGGGCCGGGGGCACGCCCAGCCCCGGGCUCACCUGGAAGAAGAGGGGUGGGACGCUCCCCCCGCAGGCCAUUCCUUCUCACGGUUUCCAUCAGUUUAAGUCCAACAGUCUCGAUGUGUUACAGAGACGUAUUGAGGAGCUGCAGGCCCGAGUGGAGCGCACUGAUUUCGGGACUCUGACCGUACCGAAUAUGAAGAGGUCAGAUGGUGGGACGUAUCUCUGCGUGGGGACCAACGCUGUGGGCUCCUCCGAGGCUCGCAUCGAGGUCACUGUGGUGGAACCUCAUGGCACAAGUGAUGUCUCCAUCCAGCCCUCUGAAGCCUCUGUUGUUGAAGGAGAAACGCUGGACCUGAACUGCUUUGUUCCAGGAAACCCGCCUCCUUCUGUCACAUGGAGCCGAGCCAAUGGCUACCUCUCCCCCAACCACCAGGUUAUUGGAACGCAGCUGCGUAUCUUGCGAGCGUCUCAGGAGGACUCUGGAGAGUAUAUCUGCAGGGUGGACGGUGGUCCACACGUCCGGCAGGCGUCCGUAUCUGUCUCUGUCACCUCUGAGUCUUCCCGUCUCCAGAGCCCCAUCAUUUCUAUUGAGCCUCACAGUGCAGUGGUGAAGCUCGGAGAACCAGCCAGCUUCAGGUGCAGAGUUCACAGCGGAGCCCAACCCGUCCGCCUGGAGUGGAAACUCACCAACAACCAGCCCAUCCCAGAUAAUGCGAAAAUCAGCCCCGAUGGAUCCGUGAUCACCAUCACUAACGCCCAGUCAAAAAACAAGGGCACCUACCGCUGUGUGGCCAGCAACCCCUUCGGAAUCACUCAGAGUAUCGUGUCUCUGAUUGUGAGAGAAUCUCCUAGAGCCACAGUGACCCCUACAGGCCCGGUGCACAUGAAAGUGGGUGACCCCAUUAACCUGGAGUGCCAGGCUGCUGGAGAGCCACGCCCCUCUGUCAGCUGGCACAGACUGGACAACGCCCGCAAGACCAUGCUGAGCAGCCCUGUGCCCAUGGAGUCCAACGCUGUGCUGCAGAUCCUGGUUGCCCGUGCUGAAGAUAGUGGGACGUACGUUUGCACAGCGCAGAACAAUCAGGGAACGACUGAGACUCGGAUUGAAGUGAUUGUAGAGGGCGGACCGGCCGUGCCCACGGUGCCCCGUGCCAGCGUACGCGAGCCCAUGAAGGUGGUAGUAGAGGGGUCUACCACCACCCUGCACUGUGAUGGUUAUGGAUUCCCGAAGCCCACAAUCAGCUGGUCUAAGCUUCGCGCUCCUCUUCCCUGGAGGCACAAGAUCGUCAACGGCAGUCUGGUUCUACCCAGCGUGGGACGGCAGGACUCAGGACAGUACAUCUGCAAUGUCACCAAUCACAUGGGAACCAGUGAAGCCACCAUCAUGCUGGAUGUGGAGACUACACCGUACACCACCUUGCUGCCGGAUGACGUGUCCGUGAGAGUGGGGGAGGUUAUCAGGCUGCAGUGUCUGGCUCAUGGUACCCCACCCUUGCGCUUUGAGUGGAGUAAAGUGGGCGGGGUUCUGCCCGCCACAGCCGAGCAGCAGGGUGGUGAUCUCCAGAUUAACCUGGCGAGUCCUGAUGAUGCAGGAACCUAUAAAUGUGUGGCCAGCAACAAGGUUGGCCACAGUGAAGCGAUGGCUAAAGUUUCUGUGAGAUCACCCCUGUCGGUGCGAGUAUCUCCUCAGGUGGAUGUUAAGGCUCUGGGCAGCGCUGCAGAGUUCACCUGCUCGGCCAAUGGAGGCCCAGAUAUCAACCUGGAGUGGCUGAAAGAGGGAGGAGCCCUGCCGCCCAAUCACCACGUCAGAGACGGAGUUCUGAGGAUUGAGAACCUUGAAAAGAGCAACGAGGGAGUCUACAUCUGCAGAGCCACCAGUUCCUACGGACAGGCCCAGGAUAGCGCCAGACUUACUAUUCAAGCUCUGCCUAAAGUGAUGAUAAACGUGAGAACGUCGGUGCAGACGGUGAUGGUGGGUAACUCUGUGGAGUUUGAGUGCCAGGCCGUCGGCGAGCCCAAGCCCACCAUCCGCUGGAGUAAGGUGGGGGGCAAGCUGCCUGAUCACGUACAGGUAAAGGGAGGCAUGUUGAGGAUCAUUCAGGUGACCGAGGCCGACGCCGGACAGUACCGCUGUACCGCCACCAACGACGUGGGAUCUGUGCAGUCCACAGUGGUGCUCAGCAUCCAGUCUCUACCUCAGAUUGCUGCUCAGCCUGAAACGAAAGAAGUGACCGUGGGCUCUAAUGCAGUUUUCCCCUGCAUUGCAUCAGGAUAUCCAGUUCCCACAAUCACGUGGUCCAAGCAGGAUGCAGAGCUACCACCAAAAUCUGUACAGGAUGGCCACGUUCUGACAGUAUCCGAUGUUACCCACGAGGAUUCGGGCACCUAUGUGUGUACGGCCUCCAACAAGCAGGGCAAAGUGCAGGCCUUUACCAAGCUGAUAGUGCACGAGCGAGUGAUGCCGUAUUUCAGCCAGGAGCCUCUGUCGUACCUCACGCUGCCCACCGUCAAAAACUCCUACAAAGCCUUCAGCAUCAAAAUCACCUUCAGACCAGACAACGUAGACGGUCUCAUUUUGUACGCCGGUAUGAUCCUGUAUAACGGGCAGAAGAAGUCGAUGGGAGCUGAUUUCAUUUCUCUGGGUCUGGUGGGCGGCCGUCCAGAGUUCAGGUUUGACGUGGGCUCAGGCAUGGCCACCAUCCGCUACCCCACAGCCAUAAAGCUCGGCGAGUUCCACACAGUGCAGCUUUACCGUAACGGCACACAGGGAUCCCUCACCGUGAACCAGGAGGCUCCCGUUAACGGCAGCUCCCAGGGGAAAUUCCAAGGCCUGGAUCUGAAUGAAGAGCUGUUCGUCGGCGGCUAUCCAAACUACAGCAUGAUCGCCAAAACCACAGAGCUCAAGACCGGCUUCGUCGGUUGUAUAAGUCAGCUGAUCAUCCAAAAGGAAGAGGUGAUUUUUAAAGAUCUGGACAGAAGCUCUACUGGUGUUACCAACUGCCCUACCUGCAGGGACCGGCCGUGUCAGAACGGAGGAAUGUGUCAGGACUCAGUGGCCAGUCUGUAUAAGUGCAGCUGUCAGAGAGGAUUCACUGGGAGCAACUGCCAGCACCAUUCCUCCCAGCACUGCCAUCCAGAGGCUUGUGGUCCGGAUGCCACCUGCAUUAACAGACCCACCGGCACGGGCUACGACUGCCGAUGCCACCUCGGCAAACAUGGACACAAGUGUAUGGACGGUACACUGGUGACCACGCCUCUGUUCGAUGGAGAGGACUCGUACAUCGCGUAUCCUCCUCUCACCAACAUCCACAACGACCUGCGCAUCGACAUGGAGUUCAAACCCAUGGACUCCGAUGGCCUGAUGUUCUUCAGCGGAGGGAAGAAGAUGAAAGUGGAGGACUUUGUCGCGCUCUCUAUGGUGGACGGUUAUGUGGAGUUCCGCUACGAGCUCGGCACAGGCCAGGCGGUUCUGCGCAGUCAGGAGCGCGUGACUCUGGGUCAGUGGCACCGCGUGGCUGCGGAGCGUAUUAAUAAGGAUGGCUCGCUGAAGGUGAAUCACGCCAAGGUGAUCAGGAUGUCGUCUCCUGGAAAAGCGCAGGGACUCAACAUCCACACCCCCAUGUACCUGGGAGGAGUUCCCAGCAUGAACAUCCUGCCCAAACCCGCUAAUGUCAGCAUGCUGUAUGACGGCUGCAUCGGAGAGGUAUCCAUCAACGGCAAGAAGGUGGAUCUAUCCUACAGCUUCACAGAGAGCAAAACUAUCAGUCAGUGUCUGGACGAGAGCCCCUGUGACCGCAGACCCUGCCAGAACGGCGGCAGAUGCAUGCCCAGCGCAGAGUACGAGUUCCAGUGUCUCUGCAGAGACGGAUACGAGGGAGAGCGCUGUGAGGUGGUGAGGGACACAUGCCAGGACUCCUCUCAGUGUCAGAACGGCGGGAACUGUGUGGACAGUCACUGCGUGUGUCCUGCAGGCUUUACGGGACUGUUCUGUGAGGAAGGACAGGAGGCGGUCCCCAGCGAGGCGCAGUGGAGUUUGGAGGGCAGCGGGGUUAAUGAUUCCCCGAUCCAGUACUCGGCGUAUUUCCACGAUGACGGAUAUCUCGCCCUUCCCAAGCCCAUGUUCCCGCGUAGUGCUGCUGACUCUCCUGAGACCAUUGAGCUGGAGAUAAACACGGCCUCUUCAGACGGCCUCAUUCUGUGGCAGGGAGUGGAGCCUGCAGCCGCCCUGAGCCUCCGCAAGCUGCAUGCUAGCAAAAAGGUGGCAGCUCUCCGCAAGCAGUCACGCUCUCAAGAACAGGGAGAUCAGGGAAAAGGGAAGGACUUCAUCAGCCUGGGACUACAGGAUGGACACCUGCUCUUCAGUUAUCAGCUGGGCAGCGGGGAGGCGAAGAUCCUCUCCAGAGAGCGCAUCAAUGACGGACAGUGGCACAAAAUCACUGCAGUCAGGACAGGUAAACUGGGCUAUAUCCAGGUGGAUAAUGGCACAGCUCGGCGUGGACAGUCACAAGGCAAGAGCAUCAUGGUGAACACCAAAGGCAACAUAUAUUUGGGAGGAGCUCCGGACAUGUCAGUGUUGACUGGAGGGAAGUUCUCCUCGGGGAUCACGGGCUGUGUGAAGAACCUGUCGCUGAUGAACUCCCGGCCGGAGGAUCAGCCGCCGCGGCCCAUCGACCUGCAGGUCCACGCCGAGGGGGGCGUCAACGUGCAGCGCUGCCAAUCAUAAUCCAGAACACUGCACCACCAAUCAGAGACUGAGCUCACACACACACACACCUUAUACACACAACUUACACGCCGUGAAAGAGACGCUGGUCUCUGAGGAAUAUCGGACUACAGACGGUUUUAAAGCUUUGUUUUAACGAACACACACACACACACACACUUAUACACACACACACACACACACACUCUCUCUCGCUCACUGACGCAUUUUCUUGGUGCCUUGCUGCUGCCAAAUAUCCACACACACACACACACACACACAUAUACACAGAUACUAAUGCGAAAAAGAUUCUUUCACUCUGUGUUGCAUUAAAACCAAAAAACAAGAAAACCAAGAAAAAACAAACAAACAAACAAACAAACAAAUACUCUUCAUUAACACGUCUUCACUUUCUCAGUGUUGUUUUCUCAAUGAAGGACGAUUAACACGGGAUGUCCAGUUCAGUUUACAUAGUCCUGCAGUAGCUUUCGAUGUUGUUUUUUUAGCCAUUAAAAAAAAAAGGAUGAAAAAAUAUAUAUAUGAAAAAAAAAAUCUUCAGCGAUGGGUCAGAUCCUAUGGAGUCGGAGGCGUUUUUACAGCACUGAAUUUUUAUUUAUAUACAUAUGAAUAUAUGAAUCUAUAUAUUAUAUAUUUGUCGGGGGUGGGGCCGGAAAUGAACCAUUAGCUUUCUCCUCUUGUUCUUUUUUUUCUUUUUUUUUGUUUUAUUUUUUGCUUUCUUAGAGUCAACACUAGGUCCUUAAUAAUUAAGAUUAAUGUGUGUCUGAGGCUUUGUGGCUUUGUGGGCCGAGCUGUGUUAAUACUUGAAGACUCUGCAGCCCUCUUCUUCUUCUUCUUUUCCUUCUUCUUCUUCUGUUUAUUUUUUCCUCUCUGUCUCUGUGGGGAGGGGGAGGAGGGAUCAGUGGGGACGAGCGUGCAUGAAAACACAGGGUCAGGGGUUUGUUUUCACUGGGAAAAGGUCCUAGCACCAUCGUGGAGGCAUCACGGACGUAGAUGUACAUGUUACAGACCUACGUAGCUAAUAAUAUCAUGGUAGGGAUGGCAUAAAGUUAUCCAAAAGCAGUGUGUAAAACUGGUGGAGGAGAACAAGAUGCCAAGAUGCAUGAAAAAAACUGUGAUUAAAAAUCAGGAUUAUUCCACCAAAUAUUGAUUAUUUCUGAACUCUUAAAACUUUAUGAAUAUGAACAUGUUUUCUUUGCAUUAUUUGAGGUCUGAAAGCUCUGCAUCUUUUUUGUUAUUACAGUCAUUUCUCAUUUUCUGCAAAUAAAUGCUCUAAAUUACAAUAUUUUUAUUUUUGGAUAUAUCUGUGAAUCAGCUCACAGAUGCAGGCUUGUGCUGAUCCACAUCACCCUAGGAGUGAUGAGGGGAAAGAAAAGAGCGCCAUCUACUGUACUACUGUACCCACCCAGAGAGAGAGCAAGACCAGCUGUGCUCUCUCAGGGCUCUGCCAGCUGAUGGCAAGCUGCAUGACCGGGAUUCGAACCAGCGAUUAAAUAUUAUUUUAUAUCUUAAGCAAGAUUACUUUAUUUCCAUUUUUUUUUUUUUACACAUUUCACUUACACACGCUUUCUCUGUUCAUUUAUAUGGUAUGAAUUUGUUUGAGAUAGAUAGAUAGAAUAUCUGAUUCCUGUCAUGUAUCUCUGUCUGCUAUCUGGGUCUGUAAUAAAAUGUACAUCUGGGUCUGUAAAAAGACACAUCUCAGGUGAAGAGAACAGCGAACAAACAGAAGCCAAUUAAAAGCCGAGACGAGAAACAAGAAGACUUUGGGAGACUUUUUUAUACGCAGUUUAUGUUUGGAAAGUUUGGAGAAAGAUCAUAACCCUUCUGUGCAUGCUAUCCUCUUUGUGUCUGGUGUAUAAAAAUAAAUAACAGAGAUAAACUAUGGUGCUAAAUUCAGACAUGAUGGACAAAACCACACUACAAGCACAUCCUCACCUGUUCUGUCUUCUGCCAGAAACCUUUCUUUCCCUAAGAGUGUCUCUCACGUCACAAGUGUGUUUUGUAAAGUAGCCAUUUUCACAUCUUUGCAAUAAAACUACUUUUUGUGCUUUUUGUCGACCCACAGCUGAAGAGCUGAAUCAGUGUUUUCUUCCCGGGAGCCGUGCGGGAGCUUUAUAUCUGAGUUUGGACUGCAAUGUUUUAGUGUAAAUAGUUCCUAACAGUUCAGUUUAGUGAUAUCGCUCAUUUUCUCACAUCCAGAAUCGAAAUUCAUUGAUUAUCAGUAGAUUAUCUAUGAUGUAUAUCUCUGAUUAUCUCUGUCUCAGAUAAAGUGUUGAUGAUAGACGUUUAUCAGAUCUCUUCUGAAGGGCUUAUUUCUUACAUGUCUAACAUUUUAGAACGCUUACUUAUUUUUUAUGUUUACUGCUGACCGUUUCUGUAUGUUUGCUGUUUGUGCCAAGAAAGUUGUCUUUUUGUUUUUUUAUUUUCUUUUUCUUUUAGUUUUUCUUUUCGUUUUAAUCCUGCAGGAGUCGUAAACUCUUGGACCCACCUCAGAAUAAAACUGAAUGAUGUCUGUUUGA